ACCGUUUAAUCAACCCUCCGACAAAUCAUCAGAACAAUUUUUAAUUAAAAAUAAUUUAGAACGUCACAUUCGGAAUGACCAUACAGGAAAACAACCAUUAAUUAUUCUCGGACCAAACGAACUAGAAUUGAAAGAGGUUUUGAUAACUUCGGAAUCCAAUUAUGAUGAUGCUAUCAGUGAAGGUUAUAGUUCAAAUUGUAACUAUUCAGUCGACGUGUAUCACGAUCAAAAUGAUUUUGAUCACCCCUCAAAACAAACCACAUUCAUUCCUUUGUAUAAGGAUGUUUUCAAUAAAAAUAAUCUGAAACGGCACAUUCGACAUCAUCAUGCAAAUGAAGAAUAUUUUAUUUGUUUCGAACAAAAAUGUCAUGGUAUGAGAUUAUCUUCGCAUGAUUUGUUAGCAAGUCACCAAAAAGACGUUCAUGAAAGUCUAAUUUACUAUGUUUGA